AUGCGAUUCGUGUUGGACACUGCGGGGGUGAACCAGGCGAUGGUGGCAAUCUGUUUUCGCGCAGCGUUGCAGGAUAGGUCCCGAAAAAGCACGAUUGAUGGAUCAGAAUUUCUGGCUUGUCAAUGCUGCCUGUCAAUGCCCAGCAUCUGCAAGCCUAGCAACAACACUUGCCCAGCCGCUAUGCAGAGCAACCAGAAUUUGGAUUUCCCAGGAUUUCCCAUGUCGCUCACCAUCGCGAAAGAGGUUGGCAAUGGAUUGCUUGGGCACAGCGUCUUUGAUCCUGGAGCGCUGAUCAAUCCUGUACCCACGGUUGGCAAAGCGCUGGCUGCGCACGGUUCUGAGGAAUCGCUGGACAGCAUAAGAAUCAAGAACCUGUGA